CUGCACUCGACCCAGAUGAGGUGAAUGGGUACCCGGUAAUGCUUUAGCGCCUAUAUGGCGGCUCAGCUGCAGCCGGGUAUAACAACCAAGUAUCAACAGAGUAUAUGCAAUCAUAAUAGCUGCGGUAUAAAUGGACCAAUAUUGCUUUGGUAAUUAAAGAAAUAUAAAAGUCAGUACAUAAGCAUCAAACAAAGAAAUAAUAUUAAAUCAGAUGAGCGUUUAAUGUAUUUUGUUUUAAUUCAUUUUCUAAUUUCUUGACGUAAUUCACUGUUUUAUGAAGUAGGUUUAUGGUGAUUAGUAUGUAGUAAUAUAAGUGUGCUCACAUGUAAAAGCCUACAUAUGCUUCUUUUGCUUCGAUUUUUAUAUAAUAAUAAAAUACAAGAUUAUUUUUUGUCAUUUUAUCAUUAUUUCCGAUAAAAUGUUGGUGGGUAGUCAUUUUUUUGAAGUUUUCUGGAUGUAAAUCCGUAUCUUCAAGGCUUGCACAACUAACCUUUAAUUGGUAAUGGUAAUUUAAUAAAUUACAAAAUGGCACCCGAAUUUCUACACAAAGGGCAUAACAAAAAAUGAAUCUUUUAAUUCAUACAAGCUUUAAAAUUCAUGUUCCGAUUUGCAUUCGUUUCUGUCAUACGGAGAAUAAUACAAAGGCAUGAUUAAAUAAUUAUAUAAAAAAAUAAAUGAGAAAAUAUGAUGAGGCGUAGCUAAGGAAGGCAACAAGGCGAUCACCCCCUCGUUGAUUGGUUAACUUCUGAAUUUAAACCGUCAGAAGAUGCAAAUACUCUCCCACUACUCCCACUAUCAAACAGCAAAUAAAAACUGUAAACAAAUAUUUAUAGGUUUAUAGGAGUUAGUACAUCAAAAACCGAAUUUCUCGGUCGGCGUUACGUUCUCCUCUAAUAAGCAAAUCACUUUAAUUUUUAAAGGAUUAUGUUACAACCCCCGUUUACUGAAAUAUGCCAUUUUAACGUCAUAUUAUAUGACGUUAGAAAUAGUUCAAAUAGCUACAAAAUAUGUCUAGCGUCGCUCAGUUGCACCCCCCCUCCCACGAAACUUCGUUUUGGGGAAAAACAUAUCUUACAGAGCCCCUCACAUGUUGCGAUUUCCCUCCCUCCCCCUCCAAGUGCUUAAUAAAGCAGAAAUUUUCACACACCUUCUGAUCUCUCGGUCGUUUCCCUUCCUUGCGUCUUACCAUGGACCUACUACAAUGUUCUUACGAACCGCCACCACAAAUACAAUCACACCCCCCCCCCCUUAGCAUUCAAAUAGCAUAUACAGUAUAGCAGCAGAUACAAAAUUACAUUGACAGUAAAAAAAAAAUACUGCUGACAAUUCGGAAACAUGGAGCCAGCUAUUUGAUCAUGGUUGACAAAAGACGAUUGUUUUUGUAUAUUUACUUUAUGAUGUCCAAAGUACAUCCUUUUAUCAUGUUUAUGGGCCACAACUAAAGUAAUUCAAUGGAAAACAAUGUAACCAUUACCCCACAGUAGACUUUGGUUCUAUUUGCAUCGCAGUAAAACAGAAGUGAAAAGAUGAAAGAAGUUGUAAGGUGUUGUUUUCUGUAAUUGGUGAUACUUUCUAAGCUUGAUUAAAUUAUCAAUCAAAGAGACAGUUGAUUUACAUUUAUAAAGAAUUAAUUUUAAAAUAUGCUCAUGUACGUCAGAGUGUGACGUACCCUUAACCUCACACUUAUUAAUCUGCAAUAACCAUCAUUCCUUGGCCACGUUGAAAAUGUGUUUUCAUACUAUUCGAGCAGAGUAGUUUUUUAACUAGUAUUACAAGUUAACCUGCACCCGAAAGAGGAUAUUGUCGGCGUCUUUAGAUUCAGCAGUCAUUCAUCUGCAAUGGUCCGACUUCGAAAGACCCCUGAUGGCGGUGGUAAGGAUCUGAGCCAGGUUGUCCAGGAGGAUGAUGGCACAGCUGUCCGUCUAACCCGUCAGGUCACCCUGAUAGACAGUAUCGCACUCACCGUUGGCCAGAUCAUAGGAUCCGGUAUCUUUGUCUCUCCUACAAAUGUCUUGGAGAACUCUGGAGGGAUCGGGUGGGCGCUAAUGAUAUGGUGUCUAUGCGGAAUUCUAUCCAUGUUAGGUUCCCUGUGUUACGCAGAGCUCGGUACGACCUUCCCUGUAUCCGGAGGGGACUUCUCCUACCUCCUUGAAGCGUAUGGUCCGAUCCCAGCCUUCUUGAGGCUCUGGACGAGUGUGGUAUCCAUCAGAACUGCAUCUUCUGCGGUCCUGUCCUUGACGUGUGUCACUUAUAUUCUCCUUCCCUUUUAUCCCAAUUGCGACGUUCCUCCCAAUGUACUUCGUCUUGUCGCGGCAUGUGUGCUUUGUACCAUCUUUUUCGUGAACAGCCUCAGUGUUCCGUUAAGUCGAAGGAUACAGGUAGUUUUCACCGUGGCCAAACUCAUUGGGUUAGCCGUCAUUAUCAUAUCGGGAAUUGUUCAGCUUGCCAAUGGUCAAACCUCUAAUUUUGAGAAUGCUUUCGACACAUCGAAAUUCAAUUUCCGAACAUUUCCACUCGCCAUUUAUUCAGGACUUUUCGCCUACUCAGGAUGGCAAUACCUUACUCUGGUGACGGAAGAAAUAGUCAACCCGUCCAGAACAGUUCCUUUGUCUAUUAUCAUAUCUAUGAUAAUAAUCACUGUGGUUUACCUGCUGACCAACGUGGCUUACUUCACAGUCCUAUCCGAGAGUGAGAUGCUCGCAUCUAGUGCAGUAGCAUUGGACUAUGGCCAGCGUGCACUUGGAAGUUGGUGGUGGACCAUGAGUGUUGCUGUGGCUCUCUCGGUCAUCGGAUCUCUCAAUGGAGGAAUAUUUGGUUUGUCCAGGUUCCUUCUUGUUGCAUCGCGUGAAGGUCACAUGCCUGCCAUAGCAUCGAUGAUACACAUUGAUAGAAAGACUCCUCUACCGGCUGCCACAAUACUGGCACCUAUUUGCCUCUUGAUGUUGAUAAGUGAUGACGUAGGAACUCUUAUCAACUAUCUUAGUUUCACACGAUGGCUCUUCAUCGGAAUCACGUGCACAAUUAUACCUUAUUACAGAUGGAAAUAUCCCGAGCUCAAGCGUCCUUUCAAGGUUCCUCUGGUUGUCCCGACAGUCUUCUUGUUGUGUGCGUUUUUCGUGGUUGGUAUGUCACUAUACAGCAGUCCUGUGGAUUGUGGUAUUGGUUUAGGAAUCAUGUUAGCCGGGAUACCAGUCUAUUACCUGUGUGUUUGGUGGAAGAACAAACCAGAUUGGAUCAAUGAAAAGCUGGAUGGGGCAACCAUAUUUUUGCAGCGACUUCUUUUUGUUAUGCCCCCAGAAGGAGAAGGAGCUGGGCCAUCUAAACUCGUUCAUCAAGAUAAUGAUUAGUGAUGCUGCACUGUAAAAGCUGUGGUGUUAAAACUGACACCAAUUGGUGUUGAUAAAGGACCACACCCUGAGGUGUUAAAAUUACACCCUAGAG